AUGUCAGCAAACAAACGAGCUGGAAGAAGAGGUGCCCAAAGACGACAACGAGCACCCGAUCGUCUGGGACAAGAAGACAGCAGCGACAGCGAAGGAGAAGAAAUCCAGGCACCACCAGCAGAUCCAGCUGACAAUGCAGCAGUCCCCCACGGUUGUGUUCGAUCUUGCAACGGCCCAACGCGUUAUCACUACGGACGAAAAGUCGCCUCGCUUUUGGGAAUUUUCGCUCAUGUUCAACCCGACAUUAAUUGUUCAACGCGCCAAGCCGUUGACUUGGAUGUGGCUAGCGGCAUCCGAAUUCUUUGCUCAUCCUUGGACGGGCCCUGCGAUCAUUCCUCCCAUUGUGGAGGAAUUUGA